AUGAAUCAUUGGCUUCCCCAGAGCGGACGUGUCACCAAAGUCUAUCCGGCCAAGUCGAGCGUCUGCAUUGAAGUUUCGAAGAGCUCCCUGCGUGAGACCCUCGCCCGCAAGGCCAAAGAGGCUUGGUACACAAUCGAACCUGAGACAAUCACCGACGCGUACUUGGUCAAGAAUGUCCCCGAAUACAUCCUUGCCUACGACGGUAGCCGCCGUCCAACCGACCCCGCUAUCGCCGACGAGGUCAUUUCUGUCACCAAACAGAAGGAGGUGAGCGCCCACGCAGUCAAAGACUCGCCUGGCAUCUACCUGGUUAUCCUACGCCACAAGGUCUCCCCCUCCUCCCCCCCCCCCUUUCCAGGCUAUUCGACUCAGACCAGCAAUCCUGCUCAAGAGGAGGGUGCGCAUCUACACGACCAACGGAAGGCGGUCAGGAAAGCAGGCAACGCCGCAUACAGGGCGGCUAAGAAGGUGGCUUCCGACCGCCAAAAUGAUUCCUCACACUCUCCCCCAAACCCUUCCCCGAACUCCUCGCCUACACCCGAACCAACCAGGCCGGAAGCUGAGGACACGGUCAUCUCGGACGCCCUACCGGUGCAUCCCGCGGCUCCGCAGGCUUCGGCUCCCCAGGUGGACACCGCGCUACCUGAUUCCCGGCCGACGGCCCCAACUUAG